UUCUUGAACACUAUCUUUUUCCCAAGUUUCAAACCUUGUUGGCAUUUUGCAGCUAACUUCUCUAUAUAUACAAGUUGAACGCUCCCAGUCCCAGAAUCUGUAACCAGAUAAAAACUGAACAUAUAAAUUGUCAGUUAAGGAAAGAAUACAUUUCUAUCUCUGUUCUGCGUAUUUGAUACAUACUGUUACUCUGCAGAAUUAAUAAGCAAAUGCAAAAAGCUAUGAACAUGGACUUAUCUCCCAAGUUUCCCCGAACAUUUGCUGAGGGAGAAGGCGGUGGAUACUACAACUGGGCAAGUGCUGACUCUCCGGUGCUCCGAGAGGCCAAAGUUGCUGCCGGUAAGCUUGUUUUGAAGCCUCGGGGUUUCGCUCUUCCCCAUUAUGCGGAUUGCUCCAAAGUCGGUUAUGUUCUUGAAGGUAAUUGUGGAGUAGGAUUGACAUUAGCGGCCGACCUAAAGGAUAAGAUGGCUUUCAUAGGCCUUAAGAAAGGUAACAUAAUACCAGUUCCAUCUGGAUCAGUUUCAUGGUGGUAUAAUUAUGGAAAUUCCGAUGUGGUUAUAGUAUUCCUGGGUGAUGCUACUAAGGCCUAUGUUCCUGGUGAAAUUACCUACUUCUUGUUAGCUGGACCUCAGGGUCACUUGGCAGCUUUCUCUCCUGAAUUCAUAGCAAGAACUUACCAUGUCAGUGUAGAAAAAGCACAAAAGCUUGCCGAUAGCCAAAAGAGCGUUUUAAGCACGAAGCUUGGCCAGGAAGAAGCAGAAGGCAUCCCGAAGCCUUCCGAGGACCUCGUAAACCUUUGGACCCAGAACAUCGAUAGUUCAUCUCCUGAUGUUCAAGUCAAGAAUGGAGGCAAAUCCACCACGCUGACAGGAAUUCAAUUUCCUUUUCUUGGAGAAGUCGGGCUGAAUGUAACUCGCUUAGUACUUGAACCCAAUGCCACUCGAGCACCGGCCUAUGCAUCUGAUGCACAAGUGUUCUACAUUGCAAAAGGAAGUGGUCAAGUACAAAUAGUCGGUCUUCAAGGCAAGCUUUGUUUGAACACCAUAGUUGAGACUGGCCAAAUAUUUGUUGUGCCAAGUUUUUUCAUGGUCACCUUCUCAGCGAAUGGAGAAGGAAUGGAGUCGGUCUCUAUUGUAACAUCUCCACGACGUGUCACCGGCGAAUUAGCCAGUAAAAAUUCGGUUCUGAAUACAAUUCCCUCAAUUCUGCAAGUCAGCCUUAAUCUGACCCCGGAGCUUAAUCAACAUUUCCGGCGGAUGAUAGAAACUGGCACAAUCAUUGCCCCUCCAAUGAACUUGGACCACGCUUAAAGCCGACGAAGAAAGCUAUGGUUAUGUUUUGUGCACUGUCUUUUGUCCUGUAUAUUAAGGACGAUGCAGUGGCUUCGGAAGCAAGUAGUUAAUAUCUCUAUUUCAAUAGAGAAAUAAUGAAGUGUCCUGAUCAGUAUUCUCAUCUGAAGUUAUGAACGUUUCUAUGUUUUAUUAUGGAUAUUCACUAAUGUUAUGACGAGUACAACACGACGAUCCCAUUUGUAAUGUAAUUUAUUUUAUUAAUUGGAUUUUAUCAUAUGUACUAAUAGAGUGAUGAAA